AUGGCAGGAGCAGGUGGUUACUACCAUGUAGAGAUUGGAGAUAUUUUUGUUGACCGUUACCAAGUGGUAAAAAAGUUGGGAUGGGGCCACUUCUCUACUGUAUGGCUGUGCUGGGAUAUGGUGAACGGGCGUUUUGUGGCUCUGAAGGUAGUGAAGAGUGCUCAAACCUUCACAGAGACGGCACUGGAUGAGAUCAAACUCCUGAAAUGUGUAAGGGACAUUGACCCCAAAGAUCCAAACCGUGAAACCAUCGUGCAUCUCAUCGAUGACUUCAGGAUCACUACAGCAAAUGGAGAGCAUGUGUGCAUGGUUCUGGAGGUGCUGGGUCACCAGGUGCUGCGGUGGAUCGUCAAAUCGAACUACACUGGCCUCCCGCUGCCCUGUGUGAAGAGCAUCCUCAGACAGGUUCUGCAGGGUUUAGAUUACUUGCACACUAAAUGCAAGAUCAUCCACACAGACAUCAAGCCUGAAAACAUCCUGCUGAGGGUGGAUGAGGUUUACAUUCAGAACCUGGCGGCAAACACUAAGCUGUGGCAGAUGCCAGCGUGCUCUGCUUUCACCAGCGCCACAGCGAACACAAGGUCCAGAGAAAAACAGAGUUUGUCCAACAUGUUUGGGAAGCUGACCGGGGUUUUCCACACUAUUGGGGAGUGGUCCAGCAAGGUCUCCAGGAUCCCCAUUAAGCGACUGACAAGAAAAGACAGGAGUCGACGAGGACAGGAAAACGCACCUGAGCAAAAAAGAAAAGAAAACCUUCACGUUUCCUUUUCUGACGAGACUACUCCACCCACCACGCCUCGCUCCACCUGUCCCUCUAAGCUCACAGCGGGUCCUAACUUCACGUUGAGGCGGCAGACGCUGCUGUUUGAAGACGGACCGGACUCGGCGCCACGCAACAACAGAGAGUCCAUCUGCUCGUGGCCGGACCUCAACACACAGGCCCCCGUCUCUGGCUCCAGAUCAGACUUAUUUCAUCAGGCUGCUGACAAAGAGCCGCCUCCUCCUUCAUCGUCCUCUCCUCGAGGUGACUCGGAUGUACUUUUGGACCUACUAAAGCCCAAGAAUGCUGAAAAAAUCCUCAUCAAGAUUGCGGACCUGGGCAAUGCCUGUUGGGUGCACAAACACUUCACUGAAGACAUCCAGACGUGUCAGUACCGCUCUGCGGAGGUUCUGAUCGGGGCUGAUUACGACACACCGUCUGACAUCUGGAGCACCGCCUGCAUGGCUUUCGAGCUGGCCACAGGGGACUAUCUGUUCGAUCCGCAAUCAGGAGCCACAUUCUCCCGCGAGGAAGAUCACAUUGCCCACAUUAUUGAGCUGCUGGGAUCCCUCCCAUCCCAGUUUGCACUGUCUGGGAGAAAUUCCAAACGAUUCUUCAACCGUAAAGGACAACUGCGACACAUCUCCAAGCUGAAGUCGUGGAGUUUGUUGGAGAUCCUGCUGGAUAAAUACGAGUGGCCGCGGGAGGAAGCCGUGCAGUUCAGCUCGUUCCUCGUGACCAUGUUGGAGCUGCUGCCGGAGAAAAGAGCCACAGCCGCCCAGUGUCUGAAACACCCCUGGAUCUCCUUCUAGACCUGACUUGUUCAACGCCCAGUGGACUAGCUGACAUGGGACUUGGACAACUGUUGGAUGAACAGCAGUCUGUCUGGUGCUGGCAUCACGAGCACAGCUUUAUAGAUAUGUAUUACAUUCAUUUUUUUUGUAACCUUUUCGCAAUCAGCUUCCUUUGUCUUUUAGUAUUUUAAAGGGGCCCUUUUAUGAUAAUGUCAGGUUUAAAUUUGUAUUUAGUGCCUCUCUACUGUGACCUGUUCACAUGCUUUAAUGUUCAAAAAGCUAAUAGCUAGCUAAUAGAAGCGCAGUGUUGCAUAGUGAUGUCACUAUGUUCAAGUCCAAAGGAGGCGUUUCUGGCAGUGUGGUACGGAACUUUGGGAUUUUAGCCUUUGCAGACCAUUAACAUGCACAAGAACCUAUUUAACACACGACUACAGGAAAGGAACAACCCAAAAAGCUCAGUAGGGCCUCUUUAAAUGUCCGUCACUUCUGAUGAAGGCAUAGCAAUGACCAAAGAGAACGUUUGUCUGACUCGAAAACUGCCUUGUUUUAUGAUCACAGCCAUCUUGAAUAUCAAUAAACUGACAUCAAUUGCUUUUUCUUUCUCCUGCAGUUAUUUUUAAAACAAGACCUCACCUUCAAGAAGUGCUUGUGUGAAAGGUAGUGGUACGCCAGUCUGAAGUAUGAGAUGGAUUUAUUCAGACAGCACUCGUCAUCUUGAAGGAAAACUCCCAGGAGGGG